UAUUAAAUACGAACUCAUAAAUCAAUGCGAGUUGAUUAAGGAGAGGCAUUUCCACUGUAGAGCAUCCAGAUCCACUAGGAUCAUGGUCCUGGAACAGUACUGAAUAUCCCAUUCUUUAUACACAGAUAUCUGAAAUCCAAAGCUAAAGAGCAAAGACAUGGAACCGAUAUGAUCCAAAAACAGUGCCUACCACUCCCAUUACUUUGUAAAGGGGCCAUGAAAUUCUGCUAGGAAGCGAAAAUUCUGGACAAUUCCAAGCUUACCGCGUGGGAUUUUUCCAUUUUUUUUUUUCCGUCAGUCUUGUGUCUUUCUGGUUGUUCCGUCCUUGUGCUUGUGAUCAGUUUUUUAGUUCUCCUUCUGUUUUGGAGGCUCUUUCCUGAUAAAAUCCUGCUCGGUUUUCUUGAUAAUUUGUGUUUUCAUCAUGUGGGAAUCAGAGAGCGAGUCAGUUGAUGGCCGAGACUAUGGGAAUAGCGUUCUUACCUCAAGCAAGCAUGGGGUCAAGACUGACGGAUUUGAGCUAAGGGGCCAGUCUUGGUAUGUCGAUACUGAUAUUCCUAGUGAUCUUCAAGUUCAAGUUGGGGAUGUUUAUUUCCACUUGCACAAGUAUCCCUUGCUUUCUCGGAGUGGAAAGGUGAACAGGAUCCUAUAUGAAUCAAGAAACCCGGAAUUGAAUAAGAUUGUGCUGGAUGAACUACCUGGUGGAUCUGAUGCUUUUGAGUUAGCUGCAAAAUUCUGCUAUGGAAUUGCUGUUGAUCUAACAGCAACCAACAUCUCUGGCCUGAGAUGUGCUGCAGAGUACCUUGAAAUGACAGAGGACUUGGAAGAAGGCAAUCUUAUAUUCAAAACCGAAGCAUUUCUAAGCUAUGUUGUUUUAUCUUCAUGGAGAGACUCAAUAGCAGUGUUGAAAAGCUGCGAGAAGCUCUCGCCAUGGGCAGAGAACCUUCAAAUUGUGCGAAGGUGCAGCGAGUCUAUUGCUUGGAAGGCUUGUGCCAAUCCAAAAGGAAUAAGAUGGGCAUAUACUGGAAAGCCCCCAAAAGAUUCCAGCUCAAAAUGGAAUGACAUGGACUCCAGUCCCAGUAGAAAUCAGCAGGUUCCUCCUGAUUGGUGGUUUGAAGAUGUUUCUCUCCUUAGGAUUGAUCACUUUGUCAGGGUCGUCACAGCAAUUAAGGUUAAAGGAAUGAAAUUUGAACUGAUUGGAGCUGCGAUAAUGCACUAUGCAGCCAAAUGGCUUCCAGGCCUGAUAAGUGAUGCAGCAGGGGCAGGAGACGAAGGAAUUAGCAAUGGCAGAAACAUUAAUACAGGUAGUAUCAGCAGUAGUUGGAGGGGCGGGCUCCAUAUGAUUGUGGCAGGAACUAAAGAUGAGCUUUCUACUGUUCAGGCCAAAGAUCAGCGGAUGAUCAUUGAAAGCCUCAUCAGUAUAAUUCCCCCACAGAAGGAUAGUGUCUCAUGCAGCUUCCUGCUUCAGCUGUUGAGAAUGGCAAACAUGUUGAAAGUGGCUCCUGCUUUGGCAACUGAAUUGGAGAAACGAGUGGGAAUGCAGUUUGAACAGGCUACAUUGGCAGAUCUUCUUAUCCCUUCUUACAGUAAAAGUGAGACAAUGUACGAUGUGGAUCUUGUUCAGAGACUUCUGGAGCAUUUUCUAGUUCAAGAACAGAUGGAAAGUUCAAGUCCGAGCAGACAAUCCUUUUCUGACAAAUCCAUGUAUGAAGGUAGUCACAGGGUUGCUAACCCAAACGCUAAGAUGAGAGUGGCAAGGCUUGUUGACAGUUAUCUUACAGAGGUGUCCAGAGAUAGAGACCUCUCCCUCACAAAGUUCCAGGUGCUGGCCGAAGCUUUGCCUGAAUCUGCAAGGACCUGUGAUGACGGACUUUACAGAGCAAUUGAUUCAUACCUCAAGGCCCAUCCAAUGCUUUCUGAGCAUGAAAGGAAGCGACUUUGCCGUUUGAUGGAUUGCCAGAAGCUCUCGAUUGAUGCAUGCAUGCAUGCUGCCCAAAAUGAAAGGCUUCCAUUAAGAGUCGUGGUGCAAGUCCUCUUCUCUGAGCAGCUAAAGAUAAGCAAUACAAUAGCCAACAGUUCCCUGAAAGAAGGUGGUGAAUGUUACUACCAACCAUCUCUUUCAAACCGGAAAUCACUACUUGAAGGGACUCCACAAUCAUUCCAAGAAGGAUGGACAACCGCCAAGAAAGACAUUAACACUCUCAAGUUUGAGCUCGAUAGCGUGAAAACCAAGUACAAUGGGCUUCAAAAUGACAUGGAGAAUCUGCAGAGACAAUUCGAUAAAUUGGUGAAGCAGAAACAGACGUCAGCAUGGAGCAGUGGGUGGAAGAAACUAAGCAAAUUUACGAAGAUGACAGGUUUAGAAAACCAGAAUAGUGGGCCUCAGCUCAACCCUGCAGAACAGCCUAGAAAGACACCUAGAAGGUGGAGAAAUUCAAUAUCCUGAUAGAUUAGAGAGUUCCAGUUGCCAAAAAUAGAUACGUCCUUCAUUUUGAUCGUGUUCCAAAAUUUCUUUCCUUCUGUUUCUUUUAUUUGUGGGAGUCAAUGGAUCCUUCAUUACAUAGCA